AUGACGAACCCUUCCCAGCUCUUCCUACUCGCCGAUCACAUCAAGCUAUCUCUACUGGAGCGUCAACGAGCAAUCUCCCUGGACCUGGAGCCCAAUUCGCAAGAUGGAGAAAUCUCGCGCUCCCUCGAAUCCCUCCGAGAGGGCAUAGAGGCCGUGCAAGCCGAUCAAACCCGGUUAGCGGACUCUCACGACAGCGCAGGCGCCACCGCUCUCCAAGACCAACUUGUUCCCCUCCAAGCACAAUACCAAGACCUAUCCAUCCAGUUCUAUGGCACAGGCCCCGAAUCCACGGACCCCACGACGCAGGCGUCGAAAUCCGCAACCCCCGACCUCAAGCAGCCGGUUCCCCAACAUCCGGCUUCCAAAUCCGUCCGUUUCAUGGAUAAUUCCGCCGCUACAGCAGCCGUGCAACAGGAGAUUGACGAAGAAGAAGAUCGCGAUCGCAACACUCUCUUCCGUCCCUAUCGCGAUGAGCCAGAGCCGCCCCGCCCAGACCAGUCGGACAUGGACAAUCAACAAAUCUAUGACCAUCAUGCCCAGACUAUGCGCGAUCAAGACGAUCAGUUGGAUCGACUUGGUGAAUCAAUCGGCAGACAGCACCAGCUCAGUAUCCAGAUUGGCGAUGAGCUGGAUGGCCAUAUUCAAUUGUUGGAUGGAAUGGACGGAGACGUUGAGCGUCAUCAGACCCGGCUGGACGGGGCUAGGCGGCGCAUUGAUCGGAUCCGUCGCAAGGCCGGAGAUAACUGGAGCAUGAUGACUAUCAUCGGUCUGAUUAUUGUUCUCGUAAUUCUCAUUGUGAUUCUGAAAUGA